UCGGAGCAGCCGCCGCGGCCCAGUAGCAGAGGAGCCGGGCCCGUCGCGGGGCAGGCGAGACGCGCGGCGGGAGCUCCGCGCCAGCAGCGCCAUGGCCACCAAGGCUCGGGUGAUGUAUGACUUUGCUGCUGAACCUGGAAACAAUGAGCUGACAGUUAACGAAGGGGAGAUCAUCAUAAUUACCAAUCCGGACAUAGGUGGAGGUUGGUUGGAAGGAAAAAACAGCAAAGGAGAGAGGGGACUUGUUCCAACAGAUUAUGUUGAAAUUCUAACUGAAAGUGGAUUUCCUUGUGGCAAUUCAGUAGCCGACCAAGCCUUUUUUGAUUCCCUCUCCUCAAGUACAGCUCAGAUCAACUCAGCUGCUAAAAACAAUAACCAGGUCAACAGUGCCCAUGACCCUUGGUCAAAUUGGAAAUCUGGAAAUGCGGACAAUGCAAAUUCUGGUGAUGCCUGGGCAACCAAACCUGAAAGUGCAGUGGGGCAAAAAAACAUCACUUCGAACAACUGGGAGGGAGCAGCACAGUUUGGGCACCCUCAGGCCUAUCAAGGCCCAGCGGCUGCUGAUGAUGACGAUUGGGAUGAUGACUGGGAUGAUCCAAAAUCAACGGCACCAUCUUACCUUGGCUAUAAGGAGAGUGAGUCUUCUGAGGCCGGGGGCCCACAGCGUGGAAAUUCUCGUGCAGCUGCCAUGAAAUUACCACUUAACAAAUUCCCUGGAUUUGCAAAACCUGGAAUGGAACAGUAUCUGUUGGCAAAGCAGCUAGUAAAACCCAAAGAGAAAAUUCCCAUAAUUGUUGGAGAUUAUGGUCCUAUGUGGGCUUAUCCUACCUCUACGUUUGACUGUGUGGUGGCAGAUCCCAAAAAAGGUUCCAAAAUGUAUGGCUUGAAGAGCUACAUUGAAUAUCAGCUAACAUGUACUAACACUAAUCGAUCUGUCAACCACAGAUAUAAACACUUUGAUUGGCUAUAUGAGCGUCUCCUGGUUAAAUUUGGAUUUGCUAUUCCAAUCCCAUCUCUUCCUGACAAGCAAGUCACAGGGCGCUUUGAAGAAGAAUUUAUCAAAAUGCGCAUGGAGAGGCUGCAGGGUUGGAUGACCAGGAUGUGUCGUCAUCCGGUUGUUUCAGAAAGUGAAGUUUUUCAGCAGUUCCUCAAUUUCCGGGAUGAGAAGGAAUGGAAAACUGGGAAGAGGAAGGCAGAAAAAGAUGAGAUUGUGGGAGUAAUGAUCUUUUCUACUAUGGAACCCGAAGCGCCUGACUUGGACAUGAUAGAAAUAGAACAGAAAUGUGAUGCAGUAGGCAGAUUCACCAAAUCCAUGGAUGAUGGAGUUAAAGAGUUGUUGACGGUGGGACAAGAACACUGGAAGCGUUGUACUGGACCAUUACCCAAGGAAUAUCAGAAGAUAGGAAAAGCCUUACAGAGUCUGGCACUGGUUUUCAGCACCAGUGGUUACCAAGGAGAAUCUCAUCUCAAUGAAGCAAUAACAGAAGCAGGAAAAACAUAUGAAGAAAUUGCCAGUCUCGUGGCAGAACAGCCAAGGAAAGAUCUCCAUUUUCUGAUGGAAACUAAUCAUGAAUACAAGGGAUUUCUUGGUUGCUUCCCUGACAUUAUAGGUGCUCACAAGGGAGCAAUAGAAAAAGUGAAGGAAAGCGAUAAAUUAGUCGCAACCAGUAAAAUAACACCACAGGAUAAGCAGAACAUGGUGAAGCGUGUAAGCACCAUGGCUUAUGCAUUACAAGCGGAGAUGAAUCAUUUCCACAGUAACCGGAUUUACGACUACAAUAACGUGAUCCGCCUGUACCUGGAACAGCAGGCACAGUUUUAUGAAACGAUUGCACAAAAGCUGAGGCAGGCACUUGGCCGCUUUCCGGUGAUGUAGAAAUAAACUGGGAUGGAUAAUGAAGAACAACUCCGAAGUGCUUUUCUGAUUUGGGGGCAAUGUGACUAAAAAGUUUGUUAGUCUUUGUCAUCCAAGAAACCAAAAAACACCACACCAAAAGGAAAAAAAUCUGAAUUGCAAAAAAGUUAAAAUAAUUUAAGAUGUUUACUUUUAUCCGCCUUAGUCUUUGCCAUCAAAAACAAAAAAAAAUCUGAAUUGCAAAAAAGUUAAAAUAAUUUAAGAUGUUUACUUUUAUCCGCCUUAGUCUUUGCCAUCAAAAACAAAAAAAAAUCUGAAUUGCAAAAAAGUUAAAAUAAUUUAAGAUGUUUACUUUUAUCCGCCUUAGUCUUUGCCAUCAAAAACAAAAAAAAAUCUGAAUUGCAAAAAGUGACAAUUUGAUGUUUACUUCUUCAGCCUAAAUGUACCAGUUAUUUAGGUAUCUAUUUAUGUUGAACACUCUCCCUCCAUAUCUGUCUUUUAAACAAAAGCUGUCUCUUGCUGGAAAGUGGUUUCAGUUGUAGGGAUUGAAAUUGUCAAACUAUUCUGCGUUGCCAUGGCUUACAAACAGAUUCAUGGUUUGUCAUAAAUUCUUCCAGUUUACUCUUAACUAGUGUCAGAUGACGAGGUAUUUUUUCAUUUAAAAAAAGUGAAUAAGCCAGAAAAAGAUGGUUUUUAUAUUUUUUUAUUUUCCUUAUAUACCAUUCAGCCUUUUGUUGGAAUUCUUUUCAGCAGUUAUAUAAAGUUUGUGUAUGUUUCAGUUGCACACUCAAGAUAAACUCUUAAUUGUUUUGUUUGGUGAGCAUUUUGCUCUAUAUGGUUGUGCUUUCCAACCUGUACUUCCAGCACACAGUUUCCCUAACAUGCUGGCUGGCAAAUUGUUCACUUUUUUCCAUAAUUACUUAAUAUUCCAUUCUUGUGGAACAAAGCUUUAGAGCUUGUGUGUGUGUUGGGCUCUCCCUCCCUUCCUGGCCAUGCACUGUGCAAAGAAGAGACAUUAACCAAGGAAAGAGCCAUUCCAGGAAUCUGGAAAAAUAUUCUUUCACACCAUUAGUCUGACCACAUUAAAUAUUAUGCAGCCAUGGGCUACCUCUAAUAGGGUUCUCAGUGCUGUGUCCUGGCCAUCAUCCUCCCCUUUCCCCUACAGAAGUCAGAGUAUCUGCAGAGAUGACACUUCCAGUCACUUUUGACCCCAAGUGACAGAAGUUCCUAGAUUACUACCCAACUCAGGUUUUAACAUAGUAGCGCAACAUGCUACUGGCUCCCAUUUAGCUUUAAAAAAAAAAUAAAAUAAUAAUCCACAGCCACUAAAAAAAGGUGUAGGGGGGAGGUGUGGACUUUCUAGUGUAAACUGAAGCGUGACCUCUGAGGUGUUGAAUAAAAUCUAGGAUGUGUGGCAAAUAAGUUAUUAAAAAUAUUAUAGUUGUAAAUGAGGUAUGGUGUUCACAGCACAUGAAUGGCACGGUUAUUGUCGUUAUUAGCGAAGUGCCACUAAAUGACUAGACUUUAGGCAAACUUAUAUAUAGUUACCGUCCAGUAUUUCACUUAAUGCCACAAGGAAGCCAGGAUGCCAAACUGCAGCUUUUGCUAAAAAAUCUUCCCUCAAAUACAAACAACUUAAGGAAUAAUUUAUUUUACCCACAAAGCCAUGUUAAGUGACGGGUACAUUCUGUUGGUUCUAUUGUUGCCUUACUCUGUUGUGUAUUGCUGUCAUUUUUGUGAAAUAUUUUUACAAUAAAAGAAAUCUGGAUCUGCCUGAAUAACAUGAAGCAAACAAAUCACAAAGCCUGAGUCCAGAUGCUCUUUAAUGGCAUGGGUUUUGUUCAUAUUUUAUAAAUACUUUGUUUUCCCUCAAUUUAGUUUUCUUCCAAAUUCCAUAGAGCCAUUUCAAUAUAUGUACAAAUUGUAAAGAAUGUGUAUAAAUGUUUUACACCAAAUGUAAGAUCUUUCCUGCAUGUAGAAGCAACUUAUAAAAUAAAUUGUUACGAUGUGUACAGUAAAUUCUGAAA